AGCAUCUAUAUUUGGUCUUUUGUAAAAGAGGUAAACACCUGUAUGGCACUCUGCGCGGUGCGCAUGGAAUGAUGCGCACAUGUUUGUGAAUGAUAAUGUAGGCCUAUUCAUUUUAUAAGGAAACAAAUCUAAAAUGAUUUCAAAUCAAAUCGAUGGCAGAAUCUGACUGACAAGGCAAGUUUGAUUAAUUAAACUCAGGGAAAUUAAAGUUUGGAUUUGGCUAUUCGCUGGAAAUCGAAACUUAACCGAUAAGUAAACACAGUUGACUACCCGGAAACAUUUUCGGGACCCAAAAUUUCGUCCAACCUUGGUCUAGCCGCUGUACUUUUUGACCUUUUUUCAUUUUAUUUCAUUUUAUGCAGAGUUGACAUGCGUAUUGUAUGGCUUCCAUGUGCAUACUGUGCUUAGUCAUGCAUUGUCAUCGCCUGUCAUCAUGUCAGCGAGUGAGACUAAAACAAAGCCCUCUGUAAAGAAACAUCCAGAAGCCAUGGUUCUGGAGCUUACCUGCCCCAUCUGCUUGAAUCUCUUCUCUGAGCCCGUUUCUCUGCCCUGCGGUCAUAUCUACUGCUUUGCUUGCAUUCAAACUAUGGGAGAAGGCCUCGACCAACACAGUUGCCCUGAGUGCCAGACAGAAUACCAGGGAACCAAAGACAUCGUGAAAAGCUUCAAAAUGUGCAGCAUCAUUGAGACCUACAAAGCCACUGCUGGGAAAGUCGACCCCUCUGCGAACCUUCCUGACGUCAGCCGUGUAAUCGAGACUGAUGAUACUCCUUUUAUGGACGAAUCAAACAUAAAACACCAACAGGACAUAGCAAUGGCUCAAGCGAGUCAGGAGGGGACUCCAGGGUCUAAGGGAGAUGGCUUUCAAAUUGGGUGUGGAUCCACAGAGAGCCCUUUCUCUUUGGAUCAAGAACAAGGCAGUGGAAAAAGCAAGGUGGAACUGAAGGAACCUAAAUUCAGACUGGCCUCUCAAAUCACAGAGUUGACCCUCAAGUUGGAGAUGGCAGAGGGUGUGUUGAAGAAAGAGAGGGAACUAGAAGUUGAGGUAACUGCUGCUAAUGCUCAGCAAAGAGAAAAAGCAUCCAAACUUUUAGGGCAGAUAAGAGAUUUAUCACAGAGCUACAGUGCGCAGGUGAUGCAGCUGAUUGAAGGAGAGCUUAGUCCAGGUGAGGCCAGUAUACACAGCCGAGUCAGUCAAGCCUCUGAGCUGACGAAGCAGCUGAGGCAGGCUGUGCUCAGAGCUGAGUCUCUUCUGACUGAAGAAGACGAGACUGCGUUUACCGAUGAGCUGCAAAGUCUACAACCACACAUUGUGGAGUUGAUGGCAAAACCCGUGGAAGAAGCGGAAGACCAAGUGGAAUCAAAACUAAACCCAGCUCGAGCCUGUCCCAAGCUGGAACACAUGAACACUGAGCUGAGGGAAAGACUUGGAGAGAUUCAGCGUUCCCUCCGAAACACCCUUAACCCUUCAGAGGUGACCUUUGACCCAGAGACAGCCCAUCCCAACCUCAUCCUCUCACAGGACUUGAAGACAGUGACUUUCAGCACUACCAAACAGCCAUAUCCAUCCUGUCCUCAGAGGUUCACCAGCUUCUUCCAGGUCCUCAGCACACAGAGCUUCUAUGAAGGCGAUCACUGCUGGGAGGUGGAGCUUGACGGCUCUCCGUGGAUCAUCGGCGUGUGCUACAGUGGAAAGCUAGCGCGUGUCGGUCUGCCAUCUGCUCUGGAAAGCAGCCGGAGCUCCUGGUGCCUGAUGUGGUUUGAAAAUCGGCUGACAGCCUUUGAGCAGGGUCAUGAUGUGCCGCUUAGGAGGACCACAGUAUCACGCAGGCUAGAAAUCAAGCUGAGCUUCAAGACCCACCGGCUGAGCUUCUACAAUGUCAGCCCCAACAGUGGGAAGACUCAUGUGUACACGUUUAAGGCUAACCUGACUGAACCAGUGCACGUGGCCUACAGGAUGAUGUCAGGGCACCCUAAAGCACGUGUCACUAUCUAUUCAUAAUCCUAACUACAUUUCUACUAUCUAUAUUUACUUCUUAGGAAAUGUGCUAUUUAGAAAGAGCAAAGUAAUAAUAAGCACUCUGAUUUCCUCAUUCCUCUGGAAACUUGUUCCAAAGAGUUCCUAGUACUUUGGGAGCUUUGUGUGAUAAUGUAGGACUGCUUCUCAAGUUUACACAGGCAUAAAAAAUAUAAAUGUGAAUGAAUUACUUACUGCAUUAAUUGUAGUGCUCAAAGUGAUGUGUCCAGAGAUAUCAUUCUUAUGAAAUGUUUUAUGCACUCCUAAUGUAAAGGUUUGGACAAAGAAAAACAAACAUUCAUGAAUCUUGUGUUCUAUGAUGUUUUCUACUUCUAUCUGACAAAUAAACAGUAGUAUCUCAA